AUGCCCAGAAAGAAAGCAAAGGCGAGUGCGCAGGAGCCUCCAAAGAGCGAGGCCGCGCAGGAUCCAGCAGCGUUUCCGACAUUCUUGAUCUGUCGCAACAAACACUGGAGACAUAUCUCAUCCUACCACGGACCCUGGCUCAACGCUCCCCUAGACGAACUCGAACGGUGCGCAUACGUCAACUACAACGCUGUGCGGCCGCGGCCUAUCGUUCCCUCUGUCUUCUUCGACGUCCUCAAGAUUCGGAGGUUCAUCGACGAUGCAACAACACUCUCCGUGCGCGCUGCCAAUGGCACUGCCGCUUCUUCCCUCCUUGUCUCCAGCAGCAGAGGAGCAGACGCAGAAGCUCUCGGCCUGGGACCAACAAGGGUUGGAAACGCAAAAUUGAGUCGAGAACGCAGACAUCGUAUGCGAGAACAUGCCACACAGAAAUUGGCCCAAGCCUACCGCCUGGACGAGAUUGCUUCCAGCGUUGCUGUGAUGCAGGGAGCUUCAGCGCUCGAGGAUGUGGCAAAACACGUCUUACAGAGGAACGAGGAUGACCCUGACGCACAAUAUGUCCACUUUUUCCACGAGAAGAUCCCAUCCAUGGCAUUCGUAGAGCACACAAGCCUCGCGCCGUUGGACGACAUCCUACGCCAUCUGCCAACGGAGGCGUCAACGUACAGAACUAGGGCUGUAGCCCAAUUGUUCAUGAACCACUCCGAGAGUGCCAUAAGGGAUUGUACAGAUGGGUUGUCAGUCCUCCGGCUAUACCAUUCGCAUCGCCUGGAAAAGCAACGGGAAUCGGCUCCGGGCGAAGACACCGCAAAGCCUGGUCGAGGUCCUGGGUCGUGUGAUCGGCUGGAGGAGGAGGAUCAGCCUAGCAGUCUGGAACUUCAGCUCCUCUUCCUUCGUGGCUACGCUAGUCUGACACUGGCCUGUGACAACGCCAUGUGGGCUUUCUACGAUGGUGACGAGGACGACGAGGAGGCUUUCAGGAAGGACGCAAAGGCUGCAGCCGAAGCGGAGCAACAAGCAGUCGACAUCCGCGAGGAGGCACGGAAACUCGUUCGUCCACAUGCUAAGAUGGCGUUGCGAGACUACAUGUCUUUCCUGUCGCACCUGGAUUAUACACCUGGGCUCACACCCUCCGACUUCGAUGCCUUUGUCGAGGGACUAGAAGCUGCGGACAUCGGUGACACUCGGCAGGCUCGCAGAAAAAAGAUACUCGAAGCAUGCGCUCGGUAUGGCAGCGGUGUCUUUGGUGGCCCCGGAAGACCUCACAAAGAUCGGCAGAAGGACUGGUCCCUUCCCAAACUCCCUCAGCCGCCAGUUUAUACGCUGAACACACUCUUCACCGCGGUCCCUCCGGCAGGUGUGCCGUCAUUUCCACCCGAAGCAAGUAAAGAGCACGGAGAUGACGAUCCCUCGACGCCCAACUUCACGGAAGUCGUCACUUAUCAUCCUCUGCUCUCAGAUGUGCUUCACUCCCUUUUACUCUGUCACUGCCUGCUCCAGACGUCGGCCAAGGAGCUUGCCCGUCAUGCUUAUAUGGUAGCACGAAUAACGAGGAUCUCUGACGGAUACCCCCUGUUCCUAAGUGCUCGAUCUCCGGCCAGAGCUGACUGGGCCGAGAUUCUCCGCCAGUCGAAGGAUUGGCUCCGACUGAGUGAUACUUGGGACAAUCUAUGUACUCCUGUGACGGCUACUGGUCCCCAUCCGUCUGCGGGAUCGACUGGAAACAACUCUUUCCCGAAAGGUCCAAACCCACAAGCACCCAAGGACUUCGGGCGUAAAGACGUAGCAGCAAUGGAAAUAGAACAAGUCUUGAGCGUGGAGAACGCUGACGACAAACCGGUGGCUCAUGGCUAUGAGGAUGUGCAGGAGGAAGAAUGUGGCGGUGGAAAAGCUGCCGGUAACAAUGCCACCAACGAACCAGGUGCCGAUGAUGGACAAGUAGGGUGGCAAAUACCGCGUCAGGAAGAAGGGAAGGAAAAUCCCUUCAUACCUGUCCGAGCCGAAACUAUCGUGCGAUGGAUACUGAACGCCCCCCCGCCGCGUGCCUCAGACGGGGGCACACGCCCAAAAAAGAAAUCGGGGGCGAAACGAAAGCCGAAGAAGAAGAAGAACGCGGGUCCGGGUCUCGAAGGGUGCAUGGGCAGUCUUGAACUGGUCAAUUGA